UAGUAGGAAGGGAAAUUCUUAACUGCAAAAAAGGAGAGACACACACACACACACACACAUUUAGCAUACUGAGAUUUUUUAACCCCUCCAAAGGAGGAUAUAACAAUUACUUAUGAGGAUCACUUAUUGAGAUCAUGUGCACUCAAAUUAAACUGAAAUUAUAGAAUAUUGGGUUUGCCUUCCAGACCAGUAGCACAUAACGAUCUAUUUGUUAACCCUAUAUUACAUGCAAUAGUUUAGAAAGAUAAAGAUGUCCUUCGCGAUGCUGCGCUCCGCCCCCGGCAGGUUCCUCUACUCUGAGAUCAGCAUGCUCUCCGAGGACGAGGACGGUGGCAGCGAGAGCUCGGGCUCCGACGACAAGUCCUUCCUGCUGGAGGGCCCCGGCUACGAGAUCAAGGUGGGAGGCAAACGCAAAUCAGGCAGCCGGAGGGUCACCCAGCAGAUCGUAGUGGGAGAAACACGGCAGAGGAACGCGGCCAACGCCCGCGAGCGGGACCGCACCAACAGCGUGAACACAGCCUUCACUGCGCUCAGGACCAUGAUCCCCACAGAGCCUGCCGACCGCAAGCUCUCCAAGAUCGAGACCCUGCGCCUGGCCUCCAGCUACAUCUCUCACCUGGGCAACGUGCUGCUGGUGGGGGAGGCGUGCGGAGACGGGCAGCCCUGCCACACCACCUCCUCCUACUACCAGCACAGCAGCAGCAGCAGCCCCGGCAGGGACAGCGACGGCUCCCAGCCCAAACACAUCUGCACCUUCUGUCUCAGCAACCAGAGGAAAAUGAGCAAAGAUAGAGACAGAAAAACAGCCUUACGAAGUUAAUAGUAAACAGUAAGAAAAAAAUAAAAAUAAUAAUCAAUUAAAAGCAGAAACUUAAAAUGUGAACUAAUAAUUAAGGUUAAAAAACAUUUGGAAAGAUCUCCCCGCAUGGAACUGUGCUUUACAAAAGAGGUACAAAUUCAACUUCACACAGACCUUAAAACAGAACAGCAUUAAAAUGUUACUCUGGAAAUGAAUGUCAUUUAAAAGCUGCUGAAGCCUUUCCUGCUAUUGACACUUGCUGCCAGACACACAAGGGCCACUUCGGAGGCUGAAAGGAUCCGAUGAAGAGGACUGGAUGAGGGAAAAGCCGUGCUUCAAAAGCAGACACACGACCACGGGUUCAAGAACAACAAAAUCAUUAUUCAGCGUGACUGGAGCCCCUCAUCGAUUCAUCUCUCCUUUCUGCCAGUGUGGCGCUGGCGCAGUAAACAGGAAACUGAUUCAGCACACAUUUCCAGACAACAACUCUGUUAAGCUUUUACUUGCCAGACUUUAUGAGCCCAGCUGUUUCUGGACCCUGAAGUGGUACAUGCAUUCCUGAAGCUUUUGCACUUGUAUAAAGGAGGCUGUGAGAAACAGGACGACCCUUUCGCUAUACUUGUUUGUGCCUUUUCCUUUCUAAAUCGAUACAUGCUGGAUUUUCAUGUACUUGUGAUGUUCUAUAUUAAUACAAUGGUAAAUAUUUUGUUGAAAAAAUAAAUUACAUUUAUAUGCAAAUACUUCAGGUUUUCUUUUUUG